UAUAAAUAUGAAACAUAAAAAAUAAUUGACACUAAGAUCAGCAAAUCAUUCUAGAUAAUCAUCCAUAUCAUCAUAAGGUUCUGAAAGCUCAAAGAAUUAAACUAAUGGAUGUUAUUUAUAAAUCUCUCCUAGAUUUGAUGCUAACAAUGGUUUGGCUUUUAAGAACGAACUUAAAGUAAUUAAAAUAGCUUCUCCUAAGAAUGAAAGCUUAUCUCCACAUUAAGAAAUAAUACCUCAUCAUAGAAAAAGUGUUUAAUCAAUGAAAGACGAUCCUUUAAAAAAAAGUUAGUUUAGUAAGACAAUCCACACAAUUGAUGAAUUAUAAUGAUUUUAUACAUAGGU